CGGAACGUUUCAAGGAGAGAAAAAUGACACCAAAUUGUUUCUACUGAAGGUUCGAGUCACGAUACGCGCGCGCCCGUGGACGCACAGCGUUGCGCGGAAGCAACAGGCUGCGAGGCGCACUGGAAACGUGUUCUUUUGCGCACAGCUGCAGAUCUUUUGGUGUUUGUUUGAUUGCACUCGGAGUGUUGGACACCUUUACGCGCGGCGGCUGCGGGUCGCUGCAGGAGGAAGGAGGGCGGUCAGAGUGUGACGGCAGUCUGGUAACGGUUUCCACUCCCAGCUCUGCGCUUGCACGCAUGCUUGAAGAUACCUCCGCGCACUUGCAGCCCGCUUUGGUGAUGCCAUGCCCCGCAACCACAGCGGAGAUGAAGGCGGCACCGGGCUCUGGAUGAGGACGUCGCCGGGGCACCGCAGCGAAGGUUACCGUUUGAAGGAUGUGGAGACCGGACGAAGGAUGACGAACAACGCGGGAGACGGUUUGCUUUCGGCGUCCAGCGCAGGUGCUGCUGGUUCCGAGAGCUUGAGGGCGAAGCGGGGAGCGCGGCUCAGCCUGCUGGGGAAGCCGCUCAUCUACAGCGCGCAGAGCGGCCGCCGAAACGUGCGCUACCGGCGGCUCCAAAACUACCUGUACAACGUGCUGGAGAGACCCAGAGCCUGGUCGUUCAUCUACCACGCGUUUGUGUUUAUUUUGGUUUUCAGCUGUCUGGUCCUGUCUGUAUUCUCCACUAUGCCAGUGCAUCAAGAUUUCUCUUCCUACUGCCUGUUGAUUCUGGAGUUUGUGAUGAUUGUGGUGUUUGGGUUGGAGUACAUAAUCCGAAUCUGGUCGGCAGGAUGCUGCUGUCGCUACAGAGGAUGGCAAGGUCGCCUCCGCUUUGCAAGAAAACCCUUCUGCGUCAUCGACAUCAUCGUGCUGAUCGCGUCGGUGGCGGUGGUCUCAGCAGGUAGCCAGGGCAACAUCUUUGCAACGUCUGUUUUACGGAGCCUGCGCUUCCUGCAGAUCCUACGUAUGGUGAGGAUGGAUCGAAGAGGAGGCACGUGGAAGUUGUUGGGGUCUGUGGUCUACGCACACAGCAAGGAACUGGUAACUGCCUGGUACAUUGGCUUCUUGGUUCUCAUCUUCUCGUCAUUCCUCGUCUACCUUGUGGAGAACAAGUCCAAUAAGGAGUUUGCUACCUACGCCGAUGCCUUGUGGUGGGGCACGAUCACCCUGACAACCAUCGGCUAUGGGGACAAAACACCAAAGACGUGGAUAGGCCGCAUACUGUCUGCCGGAUUUGCCCUCCUGGGCAUCUCGUUCUUUGCCUUGCCAGCAGGUAUUCUGGGCUCAGGCUUUGCUCUGAAGGUCCAGGAGCAGCACAGACAGAAGCACUUUGAGAAAAGGAGAAACCCAGCUGCCUAUCUGAUCCAGUGUGUUUGGCGUAGUUAUGCGGCUGAUGAGAACUCGGUUUCCAUUGCUACCUGGAAGCCUCACUUGAAGGCGUUGCACACCUGCAGCCCUACAAAGAAGGAACACGGCGAGUCGACCACAAGUCAGAAGCUGAGCUUCAAGGAGAGAGUGAGGAUGGCGAGCCCCCGCGGUCAGAGCAUCAAGAACAGACAGAUGUCAUCGGGGAACGAGCGGCGCUCGCCGGUGGCUGAGGCCGGCACAGAAGGUACCAGUCCCACCAAGGUCCAGAAGAGCUGGAGCUUCAAUGACCGCACACGCUUCCGACCGUCUCUACGCCUUAAGAGCCAGUCCCGCUCCACCACUGACGCAGACUCCAACAUUGCAGCGGAGGAUGGUUUUGAUGACAAAGGCUGCCACUGCGAGAUCUCCGUGGAGGAUUUGCUGCCUUCAGUUAAGUCUGUCAUUCGGGCUGUCAGAAUAAUGAAAUUCCAUGUGGCCAAGAAGAAGUUUAAGGAAACGCUGCGCCCAUAUGACGUCAAGGAUGUGAUUGAACAGUACUCAGCCGGACACUUGGACAUGCUGUGCCGCAUCAAGAGCCUGCAGACCAGGUUGGACAUGAUAGUAGGUCCUCAGCCACUGAGCGGCAGAGCCAAGAACUUUUCCUCCAAUUUCCUGUCUGUCUAUUACAGCCAGGGCAGAAAGAACUCCGCUCAGGGAGUGGACCAAAUUCUUGGGAAGGGUCAGAUCCCGCUGGAUAAGAAGAUCCGAGAGAAGCUGCUGUCUGAUGGCGACAUUUUGGAAGAUGUGAGCAUGUUGGGUCGUGUUUGUAAGGUGGAACGGCAGGUCCAGUCUAUCGAAUCAAAACUCGACUCUCUGCUCGACGUCUAUCGUCAGAUCUUGCGUAAAGGUUCGUCUUCAGCGCUCACGCUCUCAUCUCCACCACUGUUUGAAUUGGAGCAAACAUCUGACUACAACUCCUCCGUCUUCAGCAAGGAUCAGUUUAGUGGCAGCGGCGCACCCCCCUCUGGCGGCUGCACCACGAAUUCGCACCGAGGACUCCAUCUCAACCUCAACCUCAAUGCCUCCUCUUCAACGCCUCCUUCUGGUCUUCAUUCUUCUUCUUCUUUCAGUCCAUCGCUACUGCCUCAUCCCCAUCAUCAUCCUCAGGUGACUACACCAGAUGGUGGCAAUGAUGAGGGCCUCAGUACAUCCCCACCUAUUCUCACUCUGAACAGUAUCCCGAGUAGAGUGAGAGUGGCAGGAUUUCCCGUUUUUGCAAGGCUUCCACCGCCGCUCCCUCCCAGCCGAAGUGCGGCCCCAAGCAAUUUGGCCCAUGUGACCCCCACAGACUUCCCGUCAGAUGUUCGAGACUUUUGUGGAUGUCUAGAGACCAAGAAGGAGGACAGUGUUGGGCCAAACCUAGGUCUAGGCAUGGAUCUGGCCAGAUUUGGGGGGCAGCUUUGGAGGACCACUAACAACAAUGGAAGGAUAAAUGUUAAAGAGGAGGGGUCCUGGAGGAGACACAUGAGUUUAGAGUUGGAACCCCUGGUGCUGCCGGCCCCAGGCUGCUGCUUGGGCCCUAGUCAGGUAGACCGAGUCUUGGGUAAAUCCAUGUCAGUUCAGGACUUAAUGCAGGGGGGCCCAGGGAAAAACCAGGACCCCCACCACAGCCUUUCAUCUCCAAGCCCAAGUACAAGCAGUGACUCCCCCAUUGGUUUCCACAGCUAUAGUCAAGACCCUGGGGGUGGAGGGGUGGGUGGCGGUAUAGGCAAGAGAGGGGGGAGUGGAUGGGGGGAGGAUGACCUCUUUAUAAGUGACAGGGACACUGAGAUGCAUGGGUUUGAUUUCCUGUCACAGGGGGUACCUGACACUCCGUGUUUCACCUCCGAACUCUUGAGGACAGAGGGCGGGGUUGGUUCUGGUUCUCGGGGCUCAAACCAGACCCCGGUCAGCGGUCACUUAUCUUCUCCCCCUGCUGGCAGUACUGAACUGCAGAACAUGCCACACGUACGGCUAAAAUAGACUCAGCUACUCACGGAGGAGUGCAACUCACCUCACAGUGACUGUUUUUAUGGCAGGAAGUCAUCAGGUGGGAACGUGAAAAGAAGCAUUUUUAUUUCCAAUCUUGAUCCAUUUGAUAAGAAUCACUGUAUUUUCAUACAGGCUGAUCACAUUGCAUGAGUUAUGUAUUCAAAUAUGAAUAAAUCUAUGAUGAAGACUUGGAAAGUAGGAGAACAAGCCCCAGAUACUUGAGACUCUGAUUAAAGCCAAUGAAACUUGGUCCUUAAUGAUGAUUGGUUGAUAUGUGCGUGACCUUGAACUACAGCAUGAGCACUGCAUGAUUUCGGUCAGCCCGAUGGGUUGGUAGACAACAUUUAACGGAAAAAGGGAUGGAUGGCCAGCAUUUACAGCAAAUCAUGGUGAGAUAAACGUAAGGGGUUCUUCUCGUGACUUCUAGCCUAAAUGUACCCGAAAGACAGAGUAGAGCAGGAAAUCUCAGAGAACUGUCAUGUUGCUGUAACUUUCACCUCUUUGCACGCUGGUUGAUGUCAUUUCUGCUAAUAGUCAGCUGAAGAAUGAGGUGCACAUCCAUGACUACGUGCACGUCUUUUUUAUAAGCACAUGUACAGACAAGCACGCACAGGUAGCUGUGAUGCUACAUGUCCGUAAUGCUGUAGAAGGCAAAGGAUGAGCAAAACUUCCAGUGGAAUAAUAUUCAGUAUGUAAUGAAAAGAUUUAAAAUGGAAUACUGAUAUUUUGGGGUUCAUCCUUUCACAUGAGAUGAAAACGGUAUUGAUU